UAGGUGAGGGUGGAGGGCAGAGCAAUAGCAUUAGCAAGCCUGUAAGAUCGUUAAAAGCCUAUAGUGUUGCGGACAAUAGGUUGAGCUGAACCAGUUUUAAGGACAAAAAUUGCUUUGCUGUGUAGCUGCUUGUCUUUGCUUCAUAACGGUACACUCAACAGGGUCUUUUUUUGCAGAAAUCUUUGCAAAUUCUUAGUUACAUCUCUGCAGGAGAUAUGCUGCCAAACACAGGAAAGCUGGCGGGAUGCACCCUUUUCAUCACGGGAGCAAGCCGCGGCAUUGGAAAGGCCAUUGCCCUGAAAGCCGCCAAGGACGGUGCCAACGUGGUGAUCGCUGCCAAAACUGCCCAGGCCCAUCCCAAGCUUCCCGGCACCAUCUACACAGCUGCAGAAGAGAUUGAGGCGGCAGGCGGGAAAGCCUUACCUUGCAUUGUAGACGUCAGAGAUGAGAAGCAGAUCGGUGAUGCAGUGGAGCAAGCAGUACAGAAGUUUGGAGGCAUUGACAUUUUGGUAAACAAUGCCAGUGCCAUCAACCUGACGGGAACUCUGGAGACACCCAUGAAGAAAGUGGACCUCAUGUUGGGCAUCAAUCUGAGAGGAACUUACUUAACGUCAAAGCUCUGCAUCCCUCACCUUCUGAAGAGUAAAAACCCUCACAUCCUUAACCUUAGUCCACCACUUAACCUCAACCCCAUCUGGUUCAAAAAUCACACAGCAUACACCAUGGCAAAGUAUGGAAUGUCCAUGUGCGUCCUGGGAAUGGCAGAGGAGUUCAGGGGAUCUAUAGCAGUUAAUGCUUUGUGGCCUAAGACAGCCAUUCAGACAGCAGCCAUGGACAUGCUGGGAGGUUCUGGCGUGGGCAAACAGUGCAGGAAGGUGGAGAUCAUGGCUGAUGCAGCCUAUUCCAUCUUGAGCAAGCCCACCAGCUACACUGGAAAUUUUGUCAUUGAUGAGGAUGAGCUGAAGAAGGAAGGAAUCAAAGAAUUUGAUGUGUAUGCUGUCGCUCCAGGGCACCCACUGCUCCCUGACUUCUUCCUGGAUGAGGACCCAGCGGCCCUUGUAAAACAAAUGGAAGAUCAAGGUGCUACCCCUGUCUUUAAAAGUGGCAAAACCAGCGCAGAGCCUGCAUCCACCGGGCCCAUUGCUGAAACCUUCAAUGUCAUCAGGGGAUUUCUUAGCCCCGACAUAGUCAAAACUACACAGGGAGUGUACAAGUUUGAUCUGUCUGGAGAGCAUACAGGAGUCUGGUACAUUGACCUGAAGAAUGAUACUGGAAGUGCAGGCAGCGGUGAGCCACCAGUCAAAGCAGACGUGGUGAUGAGCAUGGAUAGUGCAGACUUUGUUAAGAUGUUUGCAGGCAAUCUGAAGCCAGUCAUGGCGUUUAUGUCUGGAAAGUUGAAGAUCAAAGGGGAUAUGACCCUGGCGAUAAAGCUGGAGAAGAUGAUGGCCAUGAUGAAACCUAAACUUUAAUGGAAAGAACAUCAGUAAUGCACUUGCACAUGUUUGCCUUUCAAUGUGUAUAAUAAAUGUUAACAUUUUCUUACGCAUUUUCUAAAUAUAUCAACGGAACUGUAAACUUAAUCCCUUCCUUUUGUGUGGUUGCUGGAAAAUUGGAACUGUAAGAUUUUUUAUGAAUGUUACAAAAUCUUUUGCAUUGUAUUUUGCCUUUGAGUGAUGAAGUCCACAGUAAAGGGGGUCAGAUAGUAGCAAACAAAAUAAAAUAAUAUGAAAUGA